CUCUGCGUGUUUCUUAUAUAAAGAAGGGUUAGUCUCUUAUUUCUGUGUCUCACAUCCGUGAACAGUUUAUGCUAUACGAUACUGCUUAAGAUUGAUAACGCGUCGAAAAGAAUUAUUCUAUUGAACUAUAUACAGUUACACUGCAUCAAGAUUUCUCAUUCAACAUGGCUGCAUUUCAAGUGAUUUUUAUUAUUGCCUUGCUGUUUGUCUUUGACAUAAUGAGCGUUCCACUUCAGUUAAAAGAUAACGGACCAAGUAAUAAAAUCCGUGUACGACGAAGCUCAGUUACGGUUCCACCUGAAUGUAAAAAUGGCGCAAAGUUUUAUUUUCAAACAAGAAUGCAUUGUCAUAUCAAGAAUUCAAAUUACAACGAGGAGUUACAGUUGUGCUUGGUUGAUAUUUGCCCUGUUCCUGGUAUGCCAGAUGGAAAAAAAGGUUUUAUCUAUAUUGCACAUAAACAAUUCCUUUAUCAGUUCUACUCCGCCACCACCAGCAGGGAUAUCGUUGUAUGCCCGACUGUUAUAACUCAGGCGACAACCAUGCGACAACCAACUACCUCAAAUAGCACAACCCCUACACCAACCCCUACACCAACCACUGGACCAACCCCUGUGUCAACAAAAGGAAGCUAAAAAUGACUGGAAAAAAGGAUCAUGCUCUUCGAAAUAUUAUUCAAAUAAAUAUAUAUAUAUAUAUAUAUACAUACUAAUAUAAAGCAGGAAAAGAAUUGAAAGGCAUUUAUAGAACGUGUCUUGAAAACUUUACUUUGAUCUUUGAAAAUAGAUCGCAGUAUUUACAGAACAAUUCAUUGACCUUCUUUUACUGUUAAAAAGGACGUACAAAACUGAAAUGGAAAUGAUAAACUUGACAGCGAGAGUAGAACUUCAUGUAAAGAGUGAUGUAGGCAACCUGCUUAUUUAAUCUUGCUAUAAAUUUUUUACUGUACAAAUACUCAAUGUAAAUAUAAUAGAUUUUUAUACUGAAAUGAAGAAUAAUGUUGCUCAGAAAUUUUUUAUAGCGAGAUAAAAAUAUGCGGGUUGGUAACGUUGCUGGCUUCUCCCUAGGAAGUUAAUAUAAUUUUAUAAUGUAAUAAUUUUAUGACUAAAGUAUAAUGUAUCAAGUCAGACAGAGCAUCUGUGAGUAUAUAUUUUUAUAUAUUACUCAUCUCAUCAACAUCCUAUGACAUUGCAAUAAUCAGGGACCCGUGUGCAGGAAAGGAACUAAUUCAAUGGAAGGAACAAGCAAAUAAUUUUGCUUCCUUUCUUAAUUUUGAAUUUCACCCAACGAACAGGAUUCUCUUUAUCGACCCAGCUUCAGCAGUCAAUACUCGAUAGUCGAUACCCUCUCCCCUACGCUCAACACACAAUAAAAAAUUUGCUUUGCAAUCCCUAAUAUCAUCUAUCGUUUAAUUAAGUCAAUAAUGGUGCUUAAAUCAAAGUUUUAAAAUCAAACAAUGUAAAAUAGCAAUAUAAAACAUUGAAAUAACAUUCAAUAAAACACAUCAACUCAAA